CGGGGGAGUUUGUGGUCCCACCGGCUCCACGGGGGACCAGGCUGGACAACCAGCGGGUGGUGGGGUCCAGAGGCGGCGGAGGUCGCUGACUGCCCCACCUCUGGGGACGAUGUACCCCCGCGGGGGCUGCCAUGGCGCAGGACCGCCCUUGCCUCGGGCCUGCCUGGGGGCGCGGGUGAUUCCUUCCUCUGAAACAAAAACUGCAUCGCAGCGUUGUGAGGGCCGAGCCUCCCCCGGUCCCGCACGCGGAGCUGCCGGCUCAGCAUCCCCCCGGCCGCCCGGGGGAAGAGAGGGGCAGAUCCGGGGCACAUCGCCGGCGGAGCGGCGCCGGAUGGGGCGGUGUCUUCCGCGGGCGGCGCAGCCGCGGCCGGGGCGAUGGGGGAGCCGCGGGGCGCGGCGCUGAGGGCGGCGGCGGCCGCGCUGCUCGGGGCCGGCGCCUGCUACUGCCUGUGGCGGCUGACGGCGGGCGGGCGGCGGGCGGGGGCCGUGCGGGGGCCGCCGGCAGACAGCAGUCCUCCAGUGUCAACCCAUGGCAUGGAUGCAGAUGCUCUACAGAAACUGAUUCAUUUGCUCCAGGCCACAGAUGAUCCAUUAAUUCAAGAGCAAGCUUUAAUCACUCUCAGCAACAGUGCUGCCUUCUCUGUAAAUCAAGAUAUAAUCCGAAGUUUGGAUGGCCUUUCUGUUAUUGGAGGGAUGCUCUCUGAUUGCGUUCCCAAAGUUAAAGAAAAAGCACUAAAUGCGCUUAAUAAUUUGAGUAUGAAUAUUAAAAAUCAGGAAAAGAUACAGGUAUAUAUUACACAAGUUUGUAGGAUCGUUGAGUCAGCUCCCCUCAACUCUGAUCUGCAGCUAGCUGGACUCAGGCUGUUGACAAAUAUGUCUGUUACCAAUGACUACCAUCAAAAGAUGAUAAACUCAAUUCCAUGCUUUCUUCAUUUGCUUUCAGAAGGAACUGAAAGGACACAGAUUCAAGUUUUGAAAGUACUUGUGAACUUAUCUACAAACCCAGCCAUAACAAGACAUCUUCUCAGAGCUCAAGUGCCAUCAUUGCUAUUACUUUUUGACAACUCUAUAAACAGAGAUAUUCUGCUCAGAGCCCUGGCAUUUGCAGCAAACUUGAAAAAGAACAUGAACAAUGAAGAUGGCACCGUAACUGAGGACCAAUACAGUGAAGACUCAAUUUUCUUUACACUCUGCAGGGACUCUGCCCCAUUUGCUCAGAAACUGGCGUUUUUGCUGCAUCACCCCGAUAUAGAAGUGAAAGAGCAAGUUGUGAGAAUAUUAACACAAUAAUGUUGUUUUCUAAAAACAGACUGACCUGAUGAAAAUAUUUAAUCUUGGGAAUGCUAUGCUAAAAAAACCUGCAACAAGCAAACAAUAAAACAACAAUGACAAAUAAACCCUGAAUACUACCAUAUUACUAGGCACAAAUCAGUUAGUGCAAAAGAGUAUUUAAUAUAGAGAGCAUAACAGAUUUUUUUUUACAAGCAAGAGAAAAGCAAUAGCUUAAUUAACUACAGUGCAGUUAACCACAACUGUGGAAAGUUUCUACACUUGAACAAAAAUUGGAAAGAUUUUAUUUUGCUUUAAAAUCAUCACUUUAAGGAAAGCAGACAUAUUUUUAAAAAUAUUUUAUUAAGAGUCAAACAUUAUCUGCAACUUCAAUUUAGUAUUCUCGUCUUUAUAAAAAAGUCUACGAAGCAGUAUCAUACACAUUUUUACAAAAGCUUCCUAUUCUGUAGCAGCCCUUGAGCCUGCUUUCCUUGGAGAACUUUACUCCUUUUUUCUGCAACUGGAACAUCAUUGGAAUAAGUGCUUUUGCUGAAUUAGCCUCCAUAAAGUUUAAGUCAUCAAUUGAGCAUUAAUUCAAAAUGAAGUGGAAUACAUACAAACAUCACUGUAAAAGAACCUGAAUGGAGUUUCAUUGAUGAACAGAAAACAUACUGGAAAAGACUUCUCAAACCAGACUGCUAAAAAACUUCCUAACACUUGUAUUAUAGAGAAAGUAAAAAAAGCAUCGGUUUUCCACUUUGUACCAUUUUUAAGAGAACUGUGUCACCUAAACUGUUACCAGGUGCUUCAUCUAACUUAAUAUACCCACUCUGCUCUUAAUAAAACAUUCCUAUCUUCUCUUUCUGUAAUACAAUAGAUGUUAUUUUCAGAAGGUGACUUUGCAAUUAGCUAAAACUGCAAGAAAAAGAUGACCUUGAAACUGCAACAUAUGUAUGCCCUGAUCAAUACAGGGGUAAAGCUACAUGUAUCUAAUUUAACCACAUAGGUAGUUUUAACUCACCAGGAAUACAGUCAAGGCAGAAAUAGAAGUUGGCAUGAUUCCCAGUCAGAACUUUGACAAUUGCUGCAUUGACAGUGAACUUCCCUUUCUCCUUCCCACUGCUCCUAAAACACUGUACAGUUUUUAAUAAGCAAGUUACAUUACAAUCACUUAAUGUUUUGCCACUUUUUGUAGACUUAAUGUGUUCUGCUGCUGAAUUUAACAAACAAAAAUAAAAGCUAGGCCAGACACUAAGAAUUUACCAAUCCCACUCUCCUCUCCUGAUGAGACCUUAAGAUUAGACUGUUCUAGGUAUAGCUGAUGUGUAUGUUUACUUUAGCUGAGUAACAGAGAUGUCUAGAUGUCCCUUUUCAUGUUCUCCAACUUAAAAAGAAGUUUUUUAAAUAUCUUUUUGGUAGAGUUGACCUUUUAUCCUUUGCUUUGACAGCUGACAGAAACAAGUGACAUUUUCUAAAAAUACACAAAAAGUUGUUACAGUGUUUUCUCAGUUGUCUUUUUCUGGUCUAGAAAGACCUAUUUUUAAACGCUUUCUUCAUAGAACAAUGCUGUUGAGAUGUUCUAAAAUCAUGCAAGACUCUCCAAAGUGCCUUCAUGCAAGGAUGUCUAAUUUUUUUAUUCCCUACCCCCCACCCUGGAUGGAAUCUUAUCAACACCAAGCAAAACGUAACAGUCACCAUUCUACCUAAAAAUGUUGUGAAUUAAUAGAUUCAAAACAAAAUAUGUCUCUGAUCUGUGUAAGUCACUAUUUCUCUACUAUGUGGCUGCUUAUCUGGGUAUUCUAUAUUUUAGUUUCACUCUUUCUAAAGGACAUAAUUUUCCAGAAUAAUCUAUUGAUGAUUUUGCAAACAGGAAAAAAACCCAACCUACAACAAAACCAGCCUUAAUUUUAACCUUGUCCUCCAAAGAAGUCGAAAAUUCCUGCAGCUUGGUGUCCUCCACAAAAUUAUGAACAUGUAAUAUGCAUUAUAUGACUCAAAUUGUAAUCGAAGCUGUUGUGUAAAUAAAAGGCUCAAUAGAGACUUCAUCUGAAAUAGCCUCCCAAAAUCAACACUGAACAACAGAGUAGUUUUAAACCCCUUUUUGAACAAAUUCUGGUGAAUACAUCUACAUGACACUAGAAUUACCUUUUUAAAUAAAGAAAUCUUCAUGUUUGUCAAAGAUGAACCCCACCAAAGCAAAUAAGCUGCUUUUUCCUACAUAUAAUUGUAAUCUCUAUUCCAGAACCCUUCCUCAGCAUGAACUUGGACUAACUCAUCUUUGCUUCCUUUUGCUGUUCUUUGUUGAUAUGAAGAUCUAUAAGACUUAAAAUAUUUAUAUUGGGAAGUCCUAAAAGAGAUAACUGUCUACAGUUAAAAGAUUACUUCAGAUUGUUCAUAGCAUGAAAUCUCAUUAGCUGGUUUUAAUUAGUUGCCAGAAGUUCAUGUCUUCAAAUAAUGUGUCUUCUUUAAAAAUUGUUUUUAUCUUCAUGGAAUAAAAUGUAAUGCACAGCAAGAGGAAAAAAAAAAAUAAACACCCAACCAAUAAACAUAUCCCAUAGACCAAAACAAAUCAUAAACAAAAACCAAUUUGCCAAUGAAUUAUGAAGGAGAAUAACAACCCUUUUUAUUGGCAACAAUAGGCUUUAAUUCUGUAAAUUAGCACGGCAAUUUGAUACAGACACAUUUAGCCAAGUUUUAUAAUACUGAACAAUGUUGUAAUCUCUCAUUCAACUUUAAAAUUAUAGGGAAGCUAUAAGAAAAAAUACCACAGCCCUUGCUUCAGACUUUUCACUUAAAAAGAAAAAAAAAAAACAACUUAGAAAAAGGCUGAGUCAAUGCAGAGACAAGCGCCAUUAAGGGAUUGUUCCAUUUCAUGCGCUUCAUUUGACACAUUCGACCUAACUUAAAACAUCGACCAAACAAUGAAAGUGUGCAGAUAACUCUGGCCAGCAGUUAGUUUUACACAUCCAUGGUGCAAUAUUAAAUUAUCUCUCUCUUUAAAAGGCACAUUUCUUUGAUCACUGUAAAAUUCAGUUUUUGUGGUUCAUCGAUAUUUGAAAACGAAGAAGCACUCAGUAAAACAAUUGUACUGUGCUUGUGCUUUAACAACACAGCUGUAAUGGAAGACUCCACCCCACAAAACAUACAGUGAAGCUAUCAAGGUACAGGGCAGAACCUGAAGACUAACAAGUGGGAGAUGACAGUCUAACAAUGAUUAAUUCAAGUCAGCCAUUAAUCCUAAGCAUAUGUCCUGUGCUGAGGUUAUUAUUGCUGUUGCAGGUAAAAUGAAGAGUGUAAAAAUAAAAAUUUUUAUCAGUGGUACACAUCAGAGUUGAAACUGCAAGUUAAUCCCAGACAACACCUUUUAUAUUAAUCAGUUUUAGAUGACCUCUCAAAAUUUAUAAAUGAUAUAACUAGUAAAUUUGUCAUGAAAUUGGUAUGCAAGCUUUAGUGCUGAGACUGAAAAACUUACCAUGAAAUUGGUAUGCAAGUUUUAGUUCUAAAACCUGGCACCUAGAAAUCCAAUUCAAUCUAAAAAAUGCACUGUGUAAAUACAUCAUAUUAGUAUUUGUACUUUUAAUUGCUAGUUCAGAUCAAACUGGGCUUACAAGGAACUGCUACGGUUUCAGUUUUCAAACAUGUCAUUUGUACCCAGGUCCCGUGAUUCUCCAUGGUUUAAGAGGAAGAAGUCAUCUUUUUUCAAGCCGUAUCUUUCAAGAGCUUCAUUCAGUUUAGCCGGAGGAUCUAAGUAAUACUGGAAAAAAUGAGAAUAAUAUGAGGGAAAAGAUACCACUGCAACAUUUUGGGGGCAGAAAUCCCUGCUUUAAAAAUGGGGGGAGAAGGAGGAUGAGGAUAUUUGUCAAAACGUUUGGGUUCAUUUUAAGUUUUUAAAUGCUAAGAAUGCUGAUUUAUAGCCGCAGAGUAACUAGCAAGGCACAGCCCGUCCUCCACAGUUCGGUCGCCUUCAGUGUAUUAACAGAUCCCUUCGGAGGAAGCGCUGUCCGGCCAGCAGCUGGCGCUUUCUCUCGCUCAGUAAACCCAAGGUGUCAGCGGUCCUGUCUGAACUCUCGGGUGCUGCCACUGCGGCCCCCUCAAGUUACCGCGUUGUAUUUGCUACAUUUCAGAAAAGGCACCAUCAGGGAGAAAUCACCUACUUUUUGCGCUUCUAAAGACACAGUAACAUUUGUACCGUGGGCACUAGUGACACGGUUUAUUGGAAACACUGUGGACAGGAAAGGUUCUGUCCAAGCGCCCUCGCUAGGUUCCCUGCCUGGCAACUCUUUGCUCUGCCAGGGAGGAGGUGCACAAAGAGCUGGAAGGGACAGAACAUAUGACAUAUCAGGUGAUCGCAGUAUCAGGAAGGAAUCAGAAGAUAAAGCGGUGUAACUGAUACAAGGACAAAGUUGAAAAAUGGCUACCAGACAGUAUGAAAGCAGAAGUAGGUACUUCCCAUUCACUGCAUUUUUAGUUGCUGUGAAAGUACCUGGGUAACCUUCUUAUUAGAACUGUGGACUUAAAGAGGGGAAGGAGGGAAUAAUAAAAAAAAAAAAUUAAAAAAAAAAAAUCAGUAACUCAAUUUUUCAUAUCCUUGCUGAUAUUUAACUCUGAAUCAAGUAUUAAAAAUACUGUUCAAUUUAUUUACUAGACAGGUAUGAUUAUAAAUACCAUACUGACCUACAGGCAUGAAGUUCUUACUAUCUCCACGUGAUGCACUGCUGAGUCUGCUUUUAUUACUGUAUAUGUGUCCCCACCUAUUAUGAUCCUCAGCUAUUGGAUAUCAGAAAUCCUCCACAUUUGUUUCACUAACUCUGUACUUUCUUAACAGUGGAAGUAUUUUAUGUAACUAGUUAUGAAAAGCUAAGCAUUGUUUUGAACAACAGUAUGUGGAGUAACAACUUGUCACUCUUACAAAGUUCACAAUUGAAGUUUACGUUUACAGAUAUGUAGGUUUAAUUGCACAAGCAAAGCUUCACUAAUGACUAUGUAGUACUUGAAAAUCUGAACUCACGUAAUAGUGUUGCAAUUUACCUCAUUUGCUAAAGCAAAGGUCCCCCAAUGAAUUGCUACUGACUUCUUUGCUUGAACAUCAAUAUGGAUUCUUACUGCUUCUUCAGGAUCCACAUGCUGGUAUUUCAUAAACCACCUACCAAAACAGAAAGUAACAUUUUUUUGUGUCACCUAAUCAAGUGCAAGAUUUCUUCUUUACUGUCAUUGGGUAAGUUGCAAAGAGAAAAAAAAAAUAUAUAUAGUCACCUAAUCAAAAAAAUCAUAAGCAUGUAGACCUCAACAACAUACAGAACACUCAGAAGCAAGAAACUAACAUAUACCAACAUGCCCAUGAAACAGCUGUUCAUGUAUUGCACUCCCCUUUUCAAAGGGUUUUUUCUUACCUAUAUUUUCAAUAGUAUAAGGACAUAUUACUGGUGCCUUGAGGCAUUAAGGCCAAAAAUUUAAAUCCAUCCCUGAAAAAAUUUCAUGCUAGCAGCACACACCAAGGAGUGUGUGCUUCAGAAAUAGCUCAAGGGAAUGGUGGUAAGGGAGAAGGGAGAACCUGACACUUCUUGAAAGAUACCAAAUUUUUACCUUUGUGUUCAGUCUUAUCUUCUUUUCCCAGCCCAUACACAUUUCCCUUCCAGCAUUAUAAGAGCACUAUCAUCUAGAAGUUUAGAUAACCCAUCAUAAGUAGGAUAGAGAUGCCUAAACAAACAGAUCUUUCACACAUUAUAAGUGAGUCAUCUCUAUCUCCAGAUAAGUUGCAAAACCAGCAUAAAGCCUGAAGCAAGAGAAAAAUGCAGCAAAUGGCAUGCAUCUGAAUGGGCUGGAUUAAACUAUGCUGUUUUGGGACAAAAAAAAAAAAUCACAGAGCAAUUCCAGAUUUUUACUCAACAUCUUUCAUGGAGGAAAGACUGCCAAUUCAUCCCAGCUGUGCUUAACAUGGAAGGAAAAACUCUCCAAAAACAUCACACAUACACAGACAGGCAUCCUGGACAUUUCAGUUCCAUCUUCUAAUUGCCUGCUUUUUUCUUUUUUUUCAUUCAGCAACAUCCCUUGGCCUCAGCAAUUUCUUUCUUUUGCCUCUAUAUUCAAUUGUAUAUUCUUAAUAAAGCACACCUACAAUUUUAACUUCUGAGCGUAUUUUUUGCCAUCAGUAAAUAAUUUCAUUUACGUAUUUUGAUCAAACUUUGAUUUUCAUACCUUGGCUCAUAAGCUCCAAUGGGGAUGGCUGCAAGAUCGAAAGGUCCAAACCUUUUACCUAUCUGUUCAAAAGCUAAACAAUAUCCGGUAUCUCCUGCAAAGAAAAACCUAUUCCAAGGACCCAAGACAGACCAGCUGCCCCAGAGAACCUUGUUAUCAUCUCUCACAGUCCUUUUGCACCAGUGUUGCGAAGGGGUGAAGACAAAAGUCACGGCAUCAUGACCAGGGACACAGUUCUCUUCCCACCAGUCCAGUUCAAUGACAUUCUCACAGCCACAUCUCUGCAUCCACUGCAGGAGCCCCAGUGGCACAAACCAGCGCAGCUCACUCCCAAAGCGUUCGUUCAGACUCGUCACAGUGUUGUAGUCCAAGUGAUCGUAGUGGGUGUGGCUGAUCAACACUGCAUCUAUUUUGGGGAGCUGUGCCACUGUGCACGGAGGCCUUCGGAAGCGCUUGGGACCCACCAGCUGACUGGGGGAUGCUCGCUGGCUGAAGAUUGGGUCAGUAAGAAGUACAAGUUCGUCCAUUUCCACCAUAACUGUGGCAUGUCCCAGCCAUGUGACUCGCAUACCAGCUCCUGUCUUCCCAGCAAGUUCUGGCUUUUGAACAAAGUAAGGUUCCAACACUGGAAGCUCUUUAUCGAGUUCCUAGCAAAAAAGAGCACAAUAUGCGUGAGAAAUUUCAGAAUGUGCUUGGCCACGGAACAAAAACUGCAUACAAGGCACAAAUCAAUACAGUCAAGACUUGUACUUUGAUUAUGUUUUAUGCAAUCAGAGAACUGCAGCACAAAAUAGAUGCCUUUUUAAUGGCCAUUUUCCCAGCUACUGCCUCCUAAUUUCAUUUUAGGUUUUUGCAAUAUUUACGCUUCUCUGUUGAGAGAGAAUAUCCUAUCAGACCUACUGAGAGAGUCUGAGAACAUUGCAGUGAAAGCACUGCAAGGCACUAACAGCAUCCUGAGAAGGGCUUUGCAAUAUAAACACACAGUGUCUUAACAAAUGCUGAAGUUUAGCUUGUGCAACUAAAUGAUGCAUCCUCCAAGUCCUAGCACAAAUAAGUCACAGAUGAAAGAGAAUGCCAUGUUCCCAACAGCACUCCACAAAAGCUCUGUUAGCCUUUAUCAGACCCUCUCUCUCUCCCCAUUAGGUCCAGUAGCAGCACAUGGAGGUUAACCUCACCUGGCUAAUGUCACCUUUUACAAUUCCAUCUUCCCAUGCUGCCAAUAAUUCAGUGAACAUUCAUAAAACACAAAAUCAUUUUUAAGGAAAACCUUGAGAUACUUAGCUAUGCUGCUUCUGAUGGUUUACGGAAGCCUUUAAAGUAAUUAAAGUUUAAUUAUUACUGAAUAAAUCACUAUACUGAUCUCCCUGCAUGUUCAGGACGCAGCCCAGUGACUGACUUGAAAUCAGCCUAAAUCCAUUCUCCUGUGUAACAUUCUCCUCUCUUGUUCCAGCAUGAACAAUUAUGCAGUCUCCACUCAAGUCUGACAGGUCAGAGAACUGAUCUGGCUGAACACUAAUGCAGAGGAGAAAAACAGACAGCUUUCAUCUCAGUUGGUUCAGAUUUGGCUCUGUGUGUAGCCUCAAGUUGGCACAAAGGAGGCCAUGGCUGUACAUCACCAAUUGAAACCCAUCGCCCAACCACCACCCAUUCUCUCAUUCUGGAACAGAGUUACUCUCUUCACUGCAGUUUGGUUGAGAUGUUUAUGCAUAAGUUUUAUGUGUAAUAACAACAGUUUUCCUAUUAAAAACCCUAAAGAGUCUUCUCAGAAUUUCUGAUCAUCACCAGCUUGCCCACAAUGUGGCUAUGGCUCUCCUCCCAAACAGUUCUGAACUCCUCAUGUUGCUUUAGAACAAUUUUUGUGGGUUAGGCAGCUUCUACAGACUGUUGACGCUCCUUUCCCUGGUAAUCACAGAUGUCCCAGCACUUCUGGUUCCUAGUCAAGUUCUCCCUGUGAUGGUUGCUGCUCUUAUGCUCUAAGCCUAGCACAGAUUAGCACUAUCAGUGAGUUUAGACAGAGCUGACCUUGUGCUCUCUUAAAGUCCAGCUGAUGCUGUGACAGUUUAGGACUCCAGGAGUUGCCUUGCUAAAACAGUCUUGACACCUUCAGGGGAGUUACUUUCUCCACAAUAUUUUAUUGAUUUGAAAGGCAUAUGUUGGGAAAAACAAAGCACACACAUCUCCACUCCCCUGCAAUUCUACUGUAAAUAAUAAAAUAUUCAUGAAAUUGCUUUUUCUGAGAGCUAAUGGACGAGACAUGUCUACUGAAAAAGUUUCAUUACUGUCUACAGGAAUGAGAAAUACAUAACAUUCUCUAAAGCUGAAUAUAAGGUUAGUACAAUACAACCACUAAAUCAUACAAGAAAAGUAGUGGGCUUAGACUGAGAUAAAUGGCUGCUUCUCCAAGAAAGAAGCAUCACUUUCUUAUCUCUGUUUCAUUCUAAGCACAUGGGAAUGACACUGGCCACAGAAAUUUGAACCACAGAGAGUGUUAUAUUUUGACACUUCAAUUUAAAAAAAAAAAGUGGAAGAUGCACAAAACUAACCCAAUACUCAAAAAUGGAAAUUCGGAAAAACCAACUAAUUAAAUGGGGUUAAGCCAACAAAUCAGAAUAUAUCAAAGAAAUUAAACUCAGAUGCGGAAUUUAGUAAUUAAUCGUCAUAAUGCAAUUUAGGUCAGUAAGUACAUUUUUUAUGGAAAAUAUUCUUUUUACGUAGCAGGUUUUAGAGUUAGACUAUUUUCUGAGAACUAAAUUAAUUCACCUUAUUUUUGCUGACAUUUGAUACAAGUUAGUUUUUAAAAUUAGCAUCAUGGAAUAUUAAUAAACAAUACUACAUGGAUGAAGAACUGGCCAAUUAGCAGACAUGAACAGUUAGUUCUUAACUAGGACUCAAACAUAUUGUACUAGUUUUGACUGGGAUAGAGUUAAUUUUCUUCCAGUAUCUCCUAUGGUGCUAUGUUUUGGAUUUGUGCUGAAAACAGUGUUGAGAGCAGACUGAUGUUUUACUAUUGCUGAACAGCAUUUACACAGCAGCAAAGCCAGUUGACUGGGGGUGCACAAGAAGCUAGAAGGGACAACUGACCCCAGCUCAGAGAGAUAUCCCAGACCAUAGGACAUUGCACUCAGCAAUAAAAUCUGGGGGAAGAAGGAGUGAGGGGGACAUUCAGACUGAUGGCAUUUGUCUUCGCAACUAACUGUUAGAUGGGACACAGCCCUGCUUUUCUGGGGAUGGCUGAACACCUGCCUGCCACGGGAAGUGAAUUAAUUUCUCACUUGGCUUGUACAUGCAGUUUUUACCUAUUAAACUGUCUUUAUCUCAA